AUGCCCAUAUUCCAGGAUUCCAAUGGACUCGCCGUCAAGUUCUUCAUUCAGAAGGAUUUGCCCCAGGAGACACAGGCUGAGCUUUGUGAAACAAUAACCUCUCUUGGUGGACGUGUCGAGGCUAAGGUACCAAGGCAAGGGUACAUCCUGGUCCAACCAGGCACUGUUGAAGAAGAACGAUUACGCCACUGCUGGACGAAGUCCGACCGACCAGAUAGAUACUUCGUGCCAUGGACCUACGUUGAUGCAUGCAAGGUUGCAGGAAUGUUGUUGAAGCAACUGUUUAUAGAAAACGGCGCUCCUAUCCCUAUGCACAUACACUCCAGCAUAGCCAACGUGAAUGCCAGGAGCACAUUGAGUUACCGAAUCGUGCAUUCUGGUGGAGACCCUCAUGCAUCUUUACUUUCUGCGCGCGUCAUCCUCGCAGAUCCCAAUACCAACGUAUUCAACGUCCUUGUGAAGGAAUACCAAGGCGUGCCGGACAAAUAUAUCGAAUCAUACCUCUGGGUCAAGAAGUGCAUCGAGAAAGGAGCGGUUGUUUACACCCCAGUGGUGUACAAGAAUCCAGGUGGCCGUAGGCCUGGAGAAGAACGAACCCAAUUCACGGAGCAGGAUGAACAAAAUCUAUGCAAAUGGAUCGCAGCCAAGAUACCGUACAAAGAAACAGGUGGAAGGACGGGAAAUCGCCUAUAUCAGCAACUUUGCGAGCUAAGCGGAGAUCCUGAAUAUGCUUGGGUCAGUCGUCAUACAUGGCAGUCCUGGAGAGAGAGAUACAAGAAGCACUCAGCCCGCCUGGACCACGUCAUCGCCUUGAUCGUCGACGAGAAAAAAACUAUGCCAGGCGAGAAAGGACAGUACGGUUACGUUCGACAACCUGAAGAAAAGACGAAGCGGGCACGAAGAAAGAAGACCAAAGACAUCGAAUUUUCACCCGAUGAAUUCUCGCGUGAUGCCAACGGGAUGGUCUUGUUACCCACAGCACCCAGUUCAAUUAACCACGUGGCCCCCAGUGGAUCGCAGAGCCUUCAGCAGGCAAUGGGACCAUUGCAGACUCUGGCGGAUGUUGGCAACGCUUAUUCUGCCAUUGUCCCUCCGCCUCCUGCAGUCCCUCCGCCUCCUGCAGUCCCUCCGCCUCCUGCAGUCCCUCCGCCUCCUGCAGUCCCUCUCGACCGGUCUAACAUCAGACGAAGUCCGGAUGAGGAAGAAAUGGAAGAUAACGAUGAAGGAACUGAAUGGGCUGUUCGUGUUGGCAACGCCCCACCUCCUACAUGGGCAAAACGGAAGGCAUCGGACGACGAUAUCGAAGAAGCCAACAAACGGCCAUGUCUGCAGCAGGAGCCUGGGGCUGAUCCACUUCCCUCGACCAAUGGUGGAGAGCCCGUUCCACUACCAACAGCUGCGUUAAUUGCUAUUGCCAAUAUGCACGUCAUCGAUCAAGGCAUUAGAGACAUAGCGAAGGACUUUAGGUUCACCCUCGGUGAAGUCCAAGAAUACUAUGACAAAUGUGGCGACAUGGGGAUGACCCGCACACGAUUUCAGAGGAUGCGCGAGCAAUUAGAGAAAUUCAAGGAUGAUUUCGAUUAG